CUAAAUGAAAUCAAGUGCAACGGAUCAUGUUUUAUCAACAGGAAAUUUUUCAUUACGAUUUUUCCCUCCUUACAAGUCGCUCGUUAAAAACUCAAUUCCGGCUAUUAAAAUCCGCUCCGCCUCUAUUUGUUAUCACUGACAUUCCUAUCACAUUCCUGGCCCAUGCCUAAGUCAGUUUCCGUGCGAGACAGGUGAAUAAUGGGUGAAAAAACGGUGGUUAGAUUGGCAGCCGAACACAGCCGGUACCGCUUAGUGAUUGCGUUCAUAUGCGGGCUGAUAGUGAUCAUCUUGAUGAUAAUGGGGUUGGCCUCCACCGACUGGCUGAUGUCCGCCGGCUGGAGACAAGGCCUCUUCAUCCACUGCAUCGAAGAGGACGCCCCCCAGCCUCUGCCCUUCGACAUGCAAGAACCGCCCGGAUGCUACCAAUCCAGGGAUGCAGCAUACAUCCACGCCGCCGCCGCUCUGUGCGUCAUCACGCUGGUGACGGACGCCGUGGCGACUUUCCUUACCGGAAUGGGUCUGAAAACGAAAGACCAUCACUCCAAAUACAAGUACUACCGUUUCGCUGUGAUAAUCAUGGGUGUCUCCCUGGUUUCGAUCCUGGUGGCGCUGAUAGUGUACCCAGUGUUCUUCGCCGCCGAGCUGAACCGGGGCAACCGGACGAUAUGGGAGUUCGGUUGGGCGUACGGAGUGGGCUGGGGCGCCGCCAUUUUCCUGUUUGGCGGCGUGGUCCUGUUAAUGUGCGACAAAGAAAGCGAGGAGAUUUACUAUAAAGAGCGAAAAAUCGUGCACGAUAACGAUUCGAGGGCCUAGUGGCCACAUAGUCUGCCCGAUGUUGUUCUCUGAUCGUAAUAAGAGGCGUGCCUCUCUCAGAGAUGUGAACGAGAGAUUUGUGUGAAUGGUCGCUUGCCUGAUUCUGGAUCGGUUCGGCGCUAGCAAAAUUCGUAUUUGAGUUCAGCCGUUUCGGACGCGCGCCGAACCGAUCGCUCGAGUUUUCAGCGUUUUGUUGUUUGAUUUGCUUGCCUGGUUUUAUCGCCAGUCAGCCAGUUUUGUAGUUGUUACCAUUUUAAGGCGCUAAUUGGCUCUGGCCGCUCAGGUCAGGGGGAUCAGUGCAGGGUGAGUGAUAGAGCGACUGAGAGACAACCCGGGCAGGCUAGGUGUAUGUUUAAUACGAAAUAAAGACUUGAACCAACUUAAAUGAACUGUUUUCAUGUACAUGAUUUUCCGUUGUCCGUUCCAUGGGAGAACAGUUCGUAGUGAUGUCAAUAUUGUAGUUGUAGGUUUAAUCGAUGGCAGCUAAUUAUUUUUUGACUUUUCGUUUUGGGCAUUAUUUUAUUUUUAUAGUAUUUAUGAAACGAAAUUAUCGUGCAGCUGCGCUUACUUGACCAAUACGUAGUUAUCGUUGGGUUCAAUCAGUUGUGUGACUUAGGGUACAUUAAAAGCAUAUCGAUAAAAUGUAACUUUACGUGCGUAACGACGUUAUUUAUAUUUGUAUUAUAGUUAGGGUAAUUUAAUAAUACUGGACCAACGUUUUUGCUUUAAACAACAUACUGCCAGAUCAUUUGGCCACAGCAUGUUUGAAACGUUCCGAUUAUUUCUCUGUAAUUAUAGUUAUAAGUUUUUUUUAUCAAGUACUCUCCUAAUUUAUUGUAUUGUAAAUAAUACUAUGUCACAUAAACAAGCAUGGUAAUGUAGUGUUGUGAUAUAUAGCUUGUGUAUAUAAUAGAUGUGAAAGCCAUAUAUCUCGGUAGGAAAUGCAACUUAUAAGUAUAUCCCCACUUACAAUUUAUAUUUUCUACUAUUGAUUUCAUUCCUUGUGUAAAUUUACUGUUACAACUGUAUAAAAAUACAUUGAAAUUCUCUUAAUGUAAGGGUAGACGAUCUCAAAUGGAGUUCAGAUCUGAGGUUCAUUCCAGCACUUGUACCUAUCUUCUGUCAUAAAAUAAAUUAUUUGUAUUACA